CUUCGUGGUCCUCCUUAUUGCUGUACCGCGGUUCUUGAGUGACGGAAUAGCAUCCACUGGAGUAACGCGUAUCUUUCAGGGUUCCCUCAGCACAGCAGCAGUCAUCAUGCAGGCAGCGGGCAGGAGUGUAGCGGUGGCAGUGGUGGUGGUGGGAGUGCUCGCCUCCACCACUACCGCCCACGUGAUGGGUUUGGGGUCCUGCAGGAAAUUCGACGGCAUGAAAGAUUUCGAUCCUGCUCGGUUCACCGGGACCUGGUACGUCCUGAACAAGCUCGGGACGCGGAGUGAUUGCCUCUCUGUGACCUACAACCUGACGGAGGACGGCCAGGGGUUCAGGGUGAAGGAGGUGAGGCGGCCGCCCUACAGUGAUAUCAUCCCUCUUGACUUGGUGGUCACUAACGUUGGCUCGCUAAAGUCCCGUGGUGCUGCUUCUGAGUUCAUUGCUACGUGGGAAAACAGCUUCCUGCCCGACAUGAAGAGUGACUACAGAGUGAUUGACACUGACUACGACAACUACGCCAUUGACUACGAGUGUCACCAGGUGGCGUUCAUCAAGCGACGGUCGGCCACCAUCCUCAGCAGGCAGAAGGAGCUGAACCCUGAACUGAUUGAGCAGCUCAAGGAGACACUGAUAACAAAGUUCGAUGUUCCGGGGGAGCGUCUCAACACGAUCGACCAAAGCACUUGCAUCGACACUGAGGCAAAUGAUUUCAAUGUGGUCAUUGAUGAAAAAGGAUUGUCCAGCGCUUAUCAGGAAAUGGACAGACUGGCAAAGCUUCCUUAUGAAAAGGCAGCUAAAGAGAUUGCUAAGAAAAAAGAGUAGGAAUCAUCGUUCUUUUUUUUUUUCCAGAUUGCUUGUGUAACAUUACACAUCAAACGUAUAUUUGUAUUGUAAGCAGUUGGUAUGUUCUGAACUCGGUUUAAGUGUAAGUGUGUUUCGCUAUGCACCAUCUGAAGAACACACAGCACAGUUUUUUGUUUAGUAACCGAACAUCUCUGGUUAAGUUUUAUUCUGUUGUUAAAUUUGGCGAGCUUGUUGUACUUUGAAUAAAAUUUGGGAUUUGUUA